AUGUCUAGUCCCUUCGGCAACCCUCCAAACAAGAUCUCAGCCAAGCUUGAGCCUUACAGGCUAAGUGUGCCAGAGGACGAGCUGCGCCGGUUCACAGAGCUUCUGAGACUCUCCGAAAUUGGACCAGAAACAUGGUGGAAUACUCAGAAUGAUCCUCAAUUUGGAGUGUCACGCGAAUGGUUGAUUAAGGCGAAAGAAACCUGGCUGCACCAUUUCGACUGGCGAGAGCAUGAAAGCCUCUUAAAUGAAUUCCCAAACUUUAAGAUUAUUGUCGAAGACCCCGAAGCUGGAUCAGUCGGCAUCCACUUUGCUGCCUUGUUUUCCGCCAAAGAAGACGCCGUCCCAGUUGUCUUUCUCCAUGGCUUUCCAGCAUCAUUCAUGGAAUUCAUACCAAUGAUGCAACUACUUGUGAAGAACUAUAGCCCUGAGACCCUCCCAUAUCAUAUCAUCGUGCCCAGUCUUCCUGACUACGGACUAUCCGGCGGGUCCACUCGAAACACCGAAAUGAGUGUAGUGGCAGCAGCACGAAUCAUGAACCAACUGAUGGUGGACCUUGGAUUUGGUAAAGGAUACAUUGCACAGGGAGGUGAUCUUGGUAGUAUGAUUGCUCGCAUCAUGUCAGUCAAUCAUGCGGAAUGCAAAGCAUUUCACGUCAACCUUCUUGUACUAAAUCCAGGUGAGACACCUCCUUCAGCUCAGUUGAGUCCCGAAGAAUCAAAUAUCUUGCAGAGGUCCGAAGCUUGGCAAAAGACUGGCUUGGGCUAUGCAUUUGUACAUGGAACACGGCCAUCUACGGUUGGACUAGCCAUAUCUUCGAGUCCACUUGCAUUAUUGGCCUGGAUUGGAGAGAAGCUCCUUGAGUGGGUUGACCAGCAAGAGCCAUUGCCCCUCGAUACCAUCCUAGCCAUGAUCACCUUUUACUGGUAUACGCGCACAUUUCCUCGCAGCCUUUACCAUGCGGAAAUUGUCAAAAAUCUUCUUCAAGGUGGCACAUAUCCGAUAUCGAAGGAAAAGCCUCUUGGGUAUUCGCUAUUUUCUCAAGAUCUCGCAAUAUUACCAAAAGCAUGGGCUGAAGACUUGUAUCCAAAUCUCGUUUUCUUCAAGGCCCACCAGGCUGGUGGACAUUUUGCCAGCCUGGAGCGACCAAAGCAAUUUCUGGAAGAUGUUGAAGACUUUAUACGAAGCGUUCGUGGACUAUUUUGA